AUGUCUUCGGAUGGACUCAAUCGACGUAAAAGAGUUGUCAACAGAAAUAGAGACACAAACGAGGAUAACGUGUCUCGAGUGGUGUCUCCAGAAGUGUCGCCCGAAAGGACACAAAACCAGAGUAUUAUGAAGCGAGUGAUGAGUCGAAUGGUACUCUCGAUGGCUAUUCUUGUGGUGGUUUACUACACGACCACUCAAUCCAAUGACACCAAAGAGUUAGUGAUGGCUUCGGCCACUCAAUCCAUAACGGGUUCGCCUAUUGGACAGCAAAUGAUGUGUUCUCAAGACUAUAACGAAGACAGAGUUCGGUUCACGUCUUGUGCCCCUCAAAGAUGCGGACGUUUUGUGUCCGAUUCGGUGAUCACUGAAUCGGAAGCCAAACACUUGUUGUCAGUGGCGAAGAGAGGCCUAUCAUUGGGCGGCUCUUCGGGCGGCGCCUCUAUCCUCGACUUACAUACCGGCGCUCUUUCGAUGGCAACUAAUUUCGUGAAUAUCUAUAAACUCAUAGAAAGUAAACCACAGAAGGAAGAGGUGUUCAGUGAAAAAGACUUUGAAGUCUACAGAACUGUGAAAAACAAAAUCCGCGAAACGAUUGCAAUUCAUUUCGGCAUCUCUUCGGCUCAGCUCUACUUAACUGAUCCGACGUUCUUCUCGAGACUGACGGCAAAGAGCGCCCAAACCAAACACGACGAGUAUUGGCACAAACAUGUCGACAAACACACCUAUAAGUCCUUUCAUUUCACUUCUUUGCUCUAUUUGUCGACAUAUGGGGAAGACUUCUCUGGCGGACGCUUCCUCUUCACAGACGAGACAUCAAACAACACAAUCAUAAUUGAGCCUAAAUUGGGACGACUCUCGGCGUUCACGUCCGGCUCAGAGAACGAGCACUUCGUCGAGAGGGUCACCUCUGGGACCAGAUUUGCUAUAACUGUGUCCUUCACCUGUGAUCCGAAGUUCGCCAUCAAAGACCCACAGAUUGUUAGACAUAAGAACUGA